AUGCAGCAAGAGUUGAAUCCACGCUAUGCUCUAUAUAAUAAGGACCGCGUGAACUUGGUGCUGGAGCUUGCAAAGUGUGGCAAAACACCGGACGAGAUCGAGGAGAUCUUGACAAGAUUGUUUGACAAUCUAGCCGCCACAACAACUUCGGGCUCGGCUGUCGCUGUUUCAGUUACAAAGCAGUCGACAUGA